AUGGUCAACAUCCGCCUCGAUGCUAGCGGCUUCGACGACGAGGACGACGCGGCCAAUGCGACCAACUAUAUCCGCGUCGUUUCUCUAGCCAUCGCGUUCUACGAUUACUUCAUCACCCUCCCAGCCGAGUACCGGUUUUACACCAGUCAACGUAGUUGGCGAUUAUCCCCCGGCUGCAUCCUUUUCAUUGCUAUCCGCUACUCCAGCAUCGCCGUCCUCCUGCUCAGCAAUGUCGGUUACUUUUCUACUUCGUUUAGUACCGCGCUAUGCAACCGCUACUUCAUCGCCGCCCCCGUCUUCAAGGUGCUCCAAACGAUGAUUUCUCAGAUCAUUGUCGGCGUCAGGACGAUGAACAUCUCUCGGCGCGCGACAUGGGUUACGUGGACAAUCUCGAUCACGUUCAUUUUAUGCACUAUUGCCGAAUGGUUCCUCAACCUCUGGAACCGACACAACAAGUACGUGUCUACAACUUCUUCUGCACCUGCGCCUCAAUUCACCUACCUUCACAGCUGCACCACAGGAAAUUCCCCCCCGGUGCUAACGGUGUGGCUGUAUUAUGUAUUUGCUAUGGCAUACGACGUUGUCACCCUCGGCAUUUCGACUGCACACUUGAUCAACUUCGGCUCCAACUCUGGAAAAGCUCGACAUACGUUGCCGUUGACGCUACUGACGGCCCUUGAAGGUGCCAACAUCUUGAAUCUCAUUCUUUACCGAAGUUCCAUCGAAUCAGCUCAGGUGAGCUCGACUCUUCUAGUUUCCAUCGGCUAUACUGUGACCUGGAUUAUGAGCCAGCGAAUCCUCAUCCACCUUCGAGAUGCUGCAGCCGUCCACAACCGCGCCAUCACUACCCAGGUUGUCGUCUCACGGAGCCUGCAUUCCGCCCAGUCCGUCUCCCGCGCCGUUCGGAACCAGUUUGAAAGCAAAGACGAACACCCGUUUUCUACCCACCUCGAUCUCGACUGUCGCAGUCGUGCGGCGGUGCGCGAUGCCGAGAGCAGCAUUGACGUGGACGAUGACGGUCGUUAUGACCGGGAGCGGGACGCCAUGGACUGGAUGAUGCGCACACACAAGUCAAUCACGAUCCCCACACACCCUCCUCGUCGCCGCACGGCGCUGCAUCCAGAUGAGCACGACGUCGACGUCGAAGUGACGAUCGAAGAGACCGUCACCGUCGAGCUAGACACGGAUGCGGAUGAAGAGUCCGACCCGCAACGGGAGUCGUACCGAGAACCCCGCGUCAUGUGGUCGUCCGCGAGGUCAAUACCUCCCCCGGCCCCUCCAACUCCGCUCCAGCCGGUGCAGAUGAAGAAGACCACGCGCAUUUCUGGUGCGGCGUCGUGA